GCUACGAUCGAAGAAUUAAAUCAAUUUGAUUACUUACAUGUUUGGGAUUUAGUUCCACGACCUUUAAAUGCUACUGUUCGGUACUAAGUGGGUUUUUUCGCAACAAGUCAAAUGAGGAAGAUAUUAUUAUUCGAAAUAAAGCUAGGCUUGUAGCUCAAGGGUACAAGCAAGAAUAAGGAAUUGACUACAGCGAGACAUCUGCUCCUGUAGCACUGAUGACUUGAUAUAUACACAUGUUUUUGUCCACCAUUCCUCUAUCGUUUGAGUCUCAUCUCUCGUGUUUUAGGCCGAUUUCGUGCUAGGUUGUUCGUGAUAUUUCAGGUCCUAGUACGUGAAGAAAGGUUCGAGCACGAGUUCGGGGUCGAUUGGACGAAGUUGGAACGAUUGACAGGAAGCUGGGAAACCACACGGCUAGACCCAAAAACCACACGGCCGUGUGCCGUGGUGGAACCCCUUUGCAUGGGCAAGCCACAUUGGUCGUGUAAAGGGCCCUUUUUGACUGUGUGGUUUUGGCCGUGUAGCAUACCUAGAGUCACUAAAUCGAACGCAGCGUUUUGGAGAGCCACACGGGAAAACCUAAAUUUCACACGGCCGUGUGGCCUGGUCGUGUGAUCGGGCAGAACUGGGUUUUUAACCCAAUUUCGGGUCUUUGAAGAGGGAAUCGAUUUUCAGAGUUAGAAACAGUGUCCAAGAGAGAGAAAGUGUGAAGAACACACCCUAGAGGUGAUUUUGGAGCUGGGUUUCAUCAAUCAAGCUUGGAUUUCACCCUUGGAGUGAAGAUUAUCAUCCCAGAGCAUAUUCUUCCCAUCUUGAUGAGUAUAGCUGCUUUGUAUUUUGUUUCCCUCUCUCUCUCUCUCUCUCUCUCUCUCUCUCUCUCUCUCUCUCGCUCUCUAUAUGGAGUAUAACCUUCUCUCACUUGGGUAUGAUGAACCCUAGUUCCAUGUGUUAGGGAUAUCGAUUGUAAUGACUUUUGGAUUGUGAUACUACUUGAUUAUAAUCGAUUAAAGUGUUUUGAUUGAGUCAAUUGAAGCCUGAUCAUCUUUUCUUGAUUUCUGCUGCAACCUGAGAUAGAUAGAAUCUGAUUAGGUUGUUAAAGCUUCUUCAAUCGGUAGUGGUGAAUCGAUUAUAUGAGAGUUAGUCGAUUCACUGCUUUGUACUGGAAUUAAAUUCCAAUAGUGGAGUUUUGUGUUUAUUGCCUCAGUAGUCUGUCCCGGUGAAGGCGAAUCGCCUACCGGUUAGUCUGUCUGAGAGGGCUUGGUCAGCUUAAGAGAUUCCAAGCUACUGUCGGAUCUUCCGCAGUUUAAUCAAUAGUAAAUCAACCAAAGGUAAUUACAACUUUGACCUAACUAAGGAGCUAGGGGGACUCAUUCCCGAGUGACUCUUCCCCUGCUUAAGAACUUCGAACCAUUUCCUGCUUUCUUACUGCUUUAGCUAAAAACCAAUUCAACCAAAUUAGUUUGCUAGAUAAUAAAUCAUCACGGAGUAGGCAGUAGAUCUAGACCUCGGGUUGAUAAAUAGAACUUGCCACUAUUCUGCAUUUCCGGACUGCGAUUACACUUGGUCGCAGUUUGGUGUGUUUUAGCGUGUCAAGUACGUCUUGAGUCAAUUCGUAUUCUUUGUGCUUUUGCUAGCUAUUUGAAUUUCAAACUCUAUCAGAUGGACAUUAAGAGUGCCUUCUUGAAUGGUGUUAUUCAGGAAGAUGUUUAUGUUGAACAACCUCCAGGUUUUAUAGACCAUAAGUUUCCUAAUCAUGUGUUCAAAUUAAACAAAGUCGUUUAUGGUCUUAAACAGGCUCCAAGAGCUUGGUUUGAAAAACUUACGUCCUUUCUGAAAUCCAAAAAUUUCACUCAAAGCUCUUUUUUUCAGACUUUGUUUAUUAAAUGUGUCUCUAGUGAUCUGCUUCUGGUUCAGAUAUACGUAGAUGACAUUCUUUUUGGAUCUACCAAUGAAACGCUUUGCUAUGAUUUCUGUGAGUCUAUGAAAAAGGUUUUUGAAAUGAGUAUGAUGGGUGAAUUACAAUAUUUUUUCGGGCUGCAAGUUAAACAAACUGAACAUGGCAUUUUUAUUAAUCAAUCAAAGUAUCUUUCUUCCUUGUUGAACAAAUUUGACAUGACUGCCUUGAAUUCUAGUCCAACCCCGAUAGCCACUACUAUUAAACUGGACAAGGAUGAGGCUGGUGUACCAGUUGAUGAAUCCAUUUAUCGAGGCAUGAUCGGUUCACUGCUCUACUUGACUGCUAGUCGUCCUGAUAUUCUUUUUAGUCUGUGCCUUUGUGCACGUUUUCAAUCUCAGCCCAAAGAAAGUCAUCUCUCGACUGUCAAACGUAUUUUUUUUUUAUCUUAAAGGAACUCCUGAUAUUGGGUUAUGGUAUGCUAGACAAGACUCAUUUGUACUGAUGGGGUAUACAGAUUCAAACUUCAUGGGAAGUUUAACUGACCGUCGUAGUACCCCAGGUAGUUGCCAGUUUGUAGGAAUGUCGCUUGUCUCUUGGUUUAGCAAGAAACAGGGAGAUGUAGCUCUGUCCACUGCCGAAGCAGAAUAUAUGGCUGCUGGUAGAUCGUGCACUCAACUCUUAUGGUUGAGAAAUAAGCUAACUGAUUAUGGGUUACAUAUUCCCACUAUGUCUCUAUUCUGUGAUAAUACUAGAGCUAUCUCUAUGACUAAGAACCCUGUCCAACAUUCUCGAACUAAACAUAUUAAGGUUAAGUGCCAUUUUAUUCGUGAUCUAGUACAGGAAAAUAUUGUGACUUUAUAGCAUAUUCCCACAGAAUAUCAAUUAGAUGAUUUGUUUACUAAACCUUUACCAUCAGAUCGAUUUACUUUCCUCUGUUAUGAGCUUGGUAUGCGAUCCCUUUCAUCUCUUAAUGAGAUGAUCUUGUUGUGAUUUUCUAUUGAUUAUUUUUCCUUUUCUUUUCUUCCCUUUUGUUCAUUAAUUGAUUUUCUUUCUUUGCUUAGUUUUUCCUUUCCUUUCUGUAUUGUCUUCAUAUCUCGGGGUUUAUUUCCUUCCCUUUUUUUUUUGUCUUGGAUGUCCUAUUUAAAUCUUGGUCUUGUUUUGGUUAUUGGCAUCCAAGUUGUGUCUUUCAGAGUUGUUUGCAGUGUCUUUCAGAGUAUUCUCUUUUCUUCUUUUAGCCAUGGUUUUUGUAGUGUCUUAUACUGGAACCCUCUUUGUUAACCCCAUCCCUGCUAAUCAUCAUUGCCAUAUUCAGUUCUUUGCCUCCAGACCUUUUCAACCCACGUUUCAUGUGCCUUUUCCUGCUCUCAUGGAACUAGGACUUGAUAUUGGGGGGUUUUAUUCAUAAUCUUGGGUGGGAUUUCCUACUAGCUCUCCCUUUUUCAUCCAUGUUCUUUCCUGAGGUGGUUAGGUUUUUCUUUUCGAACUUUCAUUUUCCUGUCCUGCCUUCCCACUCUUUCUCCUCAUAUGUCUUUGGGUAUCUGUUCACCAUUCCUCUAGACAAUCUUGCAGGAUUUCUUCAUAUCCCUAGAAUUGGCGAGGCCUUAGCAGAUGAAUCUGAGCUCCCCUUGUUCAAUUUUGACUAUGCUGAGGAGUUUCAUGCUCUCAUGGGUGUGCUUAUUGCUCCUCACACCUUCAUGCUCGUCUCUUCUAUUCUGUCUAUCCUCCGGCUGCUACACUGCUGCAUAUCUCGAAUAUUUGUUCCUCGGACGGACUCGUUGGACAUGGUGCUGCCUCUCGACCUCUGGAUCAUCUCUCACGAUGUCCAUGAUGUGCCUCUUGACUACUCUCAUCUGGUGUUCGAGACUCUCUUUCGCUUCAGCGAUGCGUCUCUUGCUGCUCCUUUGUCGUUUGGUCCUCUGAUCACGUCGUUGCUGCUUCACAUUUCAGUCGAUCUCUCUCCCUUUCGCUCUAUUACGCCCUCUAUCUUUCCCAUGACUGACGAUGUUAUGGAUCUCCUUGAGAUUGUCGUUGAAGGGGAGGACGAUGAGGUUUUGUGGAUAAGCAAUGGCAGCAAUAGCAGGAGUGCUAGUAACGAUGAUGACCCGCAACACGAACCUUUUGUGGAAGCUCUGCAAGCCUUGUUGGAGUAUGGAUAUGAAGAUAACAGUGAAGGGGAGCUUCCUUGAUUGAAGGGGAGUCUCAUUGGAGAUCAGCUGUUGUCGUUUGUGGUUCUUUUUUGAUUGUCCUAUUUUAGAACUUUUCUGGUUCUUUGUCAGUGGUCAUUUUGUUGGAUGGAUGUUGGAUUACCUUAGUUGUGUUUCUGAGUGGUUGGAUUUGCCUCUUUGGCUGUUAUAAUUGUGUUUGGAGUUUGAUCUUGGCUUAAUCUUUUAUGUGCUAACCUGUUAUAGUUGAGAUCAGAUGAAUGAUGUUUUGCAUGCAAUCGGCAAUCACUUAUUUAAGGGGAGAUUGUUGGAAUCAGUUUCCAAAUCAGAAUUGCUCUCCAAAGGAAAGUUACCAGCUGAGACCUUCCUAUUGUGGCUAUGGGAGAACGUUCAAAAACCAACAGUCGGCUUUAUGCUGGUCCUAUAAAAUCAAGUCUUUGCAAGUGAGUGGAAGCACUUGUCAAGAGCGGAACAUGGCUUAAGGGCAAAGUGGGUUGAUUCAGACAGAGGAAUAGGUUUUGUUGAGUUAACGUGUAACGGGUCUAAUAUUUGGCAUCCGGGUUUCAGUAUUCUGUUCGUUCUUUGAAUUCAUUGUGUCUGUAAUUUCUUCUCUUUGUUUUGCUUGAUAGGAAAAAAUCUAAUAAAAAAAGAGUCUCCUAGACCUUAGUAAGUACUAAGUCUAGGACGAGUAGUGACCGUAGUUGGGAACCUCGUUAAAUGUUGUUGUGUUCUUUUAGCUUUUCUGCACUGCCUCCUUUAGUUUCUGAUUGUUCUCCAACCUGCUUUGUUUAUGUUUAAAACAAGAGACUCUGUUUUCUAAGGAUUCUGAUCCAAGGAAGAAGACAAGCUCUGGCUUUUUCCCUCGUUCAUUUACUUUUGGGCCAAUCUCUCUUAAGCCCAUUUCUGUUUAAUUACUCUUGGUUUUUGUAAGUGGGCUUUGUGAAACUUGGGCUCAGACUAAAGGGGAUAACCAGUACCGAAGGGAAGAAACAUUCUAUGUUUUUUCAUUUCUUUCUUCUUCUCAUUUCCCAUUUCUUCUCUGUAUUUCCCAGUUUCAAAACCCUACAUUUUCCCUGGUCAUUUUGAUUUCAGAAUCGAUUGACAAACAACAUAAUUAGCAAGAAGGAAACGUGCUUUUUUAUGUAAGUCAAAGCGUGAAGAAAUAUCAAACUAAAGCUUUUCGAGUUUAUGUUCUUUAAGUUUGCAUUUUGAAACGACAUGCAUUAUCUAAACUAUGAUUCCAGGCCGAGGAUAAAAUUUAGGUACCGAUGAUUUGUUGUGAAGGAAAUGAAGUUAAAGCUCAACAUCAAGCUCACCGACUACAAUAUCUAGAAUCCAUUAGCGAGUCAUAGUUUUGAAGAUAAGGAAGAAUUAAAGAGCUAAUCUCGUAAAAUGUUCAAAACUUGGAAAACAUAAAUUUGACAUGCAUGAAAAUGAUAUUUCGUAUUUGAAAAUAUUUUUCCAGCAAAAUUUUGAUUUCGAAAAAAGUUGAGGAAGGGAAAACGAGUGAUAAUAUUAGAGGUAGUGCAUCGUGUGAUAUGAUGAUAAUGGGUUGUUGAGAAGAAGGAAGAAAAUUUUAAUGGUCAGGACAAAUGUUUCAGUGACGAGGAAAAACAACAAAUAAUUGACUAUAUUCAUAACUUAGAUGAGAUAAAUUCUAUCUGUUUCAAAGUUACGUGUCAUAUUUGUCAAUAUUUUAUCAUUAAAUUGUUGUUUUAAAUGAAAUGCAGAAAAAAAU